CCCCUCUCUUCUUCCUCGUGCUCCCCCCGAUUUCCCCGCCGCCCUUCUCCCCGUCGGUCGUCGCCUCGCUUCCCGGAGACCCGCGCCGCCAUGAAUCCCGAGUAUGACUACCUCUUCAAGCUCCUGCUCAUCGGAGACUCCGGCGUGGGGAAGUCUUGCCUGCUUCUGAGGUUUGCGGAUGAUUCAUAUCUGGAGAGCUAUAUCAGUACUAUCGGUGUUGAUUUCAAAAUUCGUACCGUCGAGCAAGAUGAGAAGACAAUAAAGCUGCAAAUUUGGGAUACUGCUGGUCAAGAGCGAUUCAGGACCAUUACGAGCAGCUACUACCGUGGUGCCCACGGGAUCAUUGUUGUUUAUGAUGUGACUGAUCAGGAGAGCUUCAACAAUGUCAAGCAGUGGCUGAAUGAAAUUGACAGGUAUGCCAGUGAAAAUGUGAACAAGCUUUUGGUGGGAAACAAAUGUGAUCUAGCGGAGAAGAGAGUGGUUUCUUAUGAGGCCGGCAAGGCCCUUGCUGAUGAGAUUGGAAUACCAUUCUUGGAGACCAGUGCGAAGGAUGCGACAAAUGUGGAGAAGGCAUUCAUGACCAUGGCAGGAGAGAUAAAGAACAGAAUGGCGAGCCAACCUGCUACAAAUGCAAGCAAGCCUGCAACUGUGCAAAUGCGAGGUCAACCUGUUGCCCAGCAAAGCAGCUGCUGCUCUUGAUUGUUGAUUUAGAUCACAAUAGUGUGCUUGUGCAGCAAGCGACACUUAAUUGGUCGCUCUUAUCCCUGUAAAUUAACUAUUAGUACUAUCGAAAAGCUUGAUGUGUUAUGUGUCAGAUGUUAUUGGAAGAAGUCUGUCCCUAACAGUAAGCAGCAGAUGCUGUGGGCCUGUUCAUAUUUCCAUGUUUCAAGUGGCUUCGAUGUUGGACUUUAUUCAAUUUAUGGUUCCACUUGAAAA